AAAAAGAUUGAAUUUUUUUGGGUUUAUUGGGGUUUUUACUGAGCUGGGGUUUGUUAAAGAAGAAAGAUUUAGUAGAUCAUGCCACCCCCACAGCAGCAACAACAAUCUUUGAAGCGUCAGCUUCAGUUUUCGUCGAUUACUAAACCGGUUUUUGGUGAUUAUCACCGGUUUUCUACUGAUCCGGCUGCUCAAGAACCCCCUAGAAUUGUUGUUAAGACUCCGCCACUGAAGCGGAAGAUUGCAGCAUCAAAUAAUGGACAGAGGCUUGGUGACCAGAAUCCCGUUUCUGGAUAUGCUAAUGUCAACAGCCCCGUGCAGACACCAAUGUCUGGAAAAUCUGGAACUGCACAGAAAGUUCCAAGGACUUCAAAGGCCAAAUCUGCUUCUCAAGCUAUUGCCUCCAAUGUUGGAUCCCCUUCAGGCAAUAAUGUUACUCCAGUUGGUCCUUGUCGAUAUGAUAGCUCUCUGGGUCUUCUAACAAAGAAGUUCAUCAAUCUAAUCAAACAUGCAGAAGAUGGUAUGCUUGAUCUAAAUAAAGCUGCUGAUACAUUAGAGGUGCAGAAAAGGCGUAUAUAUGACAUUACAAAUGUCCUGGAAGGCAUUGGGCUGAUAGAAAAGAAACUCAAAAACAGGAUCCAGUGGAAGGGUCUAGAUGUCACGAAACCAGGAGAAGCUGACCAGAGUGUUGCAAGUUUACAGGCAGAAGUGGAAAAUUUGACUAUCAAAGAGCAAAGAUUAGAUGACCAGAUAAGAGAUAUGCAGGAAAGGUUAAGGGACCUGAGUGAAGAUGAAAAUAAUCAAAGAUGGCUUUUUGUCACUGAAGAUGAUAUCAAGAGCUUACCUUGUUUCCAGAACGAAACAUUGAUAGCAAUCAAAGCUCCACAUGGCACCACUUUAGAAGUCCCCGAUCCUGAUGAGGCUGUUGAUUAUCCACAAAGGAGAUACAGAAUCGUGUUACGGAGCACCAUGGGCCCCAUUGAUGUUUACCUUGUCAGUCAAUUUGAGGAGAAGUUUGAAGAGGUAAAUGCAGUUGAGGCACCGCAAAGCAUGCCUUCAACAUCUGGUCUGGAUGAGAAUGCAACUGCAACAUUGGCUACUGAUGAGGAGAACAGGGAAGUCGGUAUUGGGAUCGAGGAAAACGAAAAUCAAAGAGUGUGCUCCGACUUAGGUACUUCACAGGACUUUGUGAGUGGAAUCAUGAAGAUUGUUCCAGAUGUUGAUAAUGAAGCAGAUUACUGGCUUUUGUCAGAUGCAGAUGUUAGCAUCACUGACAUGUGGAGGACAGAAUCUGCUAUUGACUGGAAUGAGUUGGAUGUAAUUCAAGAGGAUUAUUCCAUCGCUAAUGUCAGUACACCACGAGCCCAAACUCCACCGCCCACUACAACUGAAGUACCUUCUGCAGCUAAUACUACCGGGUGCUGAAUGGUAUUUGCUGGUGUUUAUGUGCAUACCCGGGCUUAGUUUUCUGAAAGAUGAAUGGUCCAUCAGCAAGAUGAUGCUUGUUUUUGGUCGAGUAAGAGUUUUAUACAUUAGAUAUAAUCCUCUGUACAGCUAUUUGAACUCUCAAAGGAAUAAAACAGGCGCAUCCAUCCGGGAGCUCUUGCAUUUGAGGCUCGAGAAAUUGCUAGACUGGGGCCGGUUGUUCAUUGUACAGUUUAGAUAUACUUAGAUUGUACUUGUAAUAGCAACAGUCAGCAGGUUAAGCUGUCGAAAUCUUGCCUCGUGUAUUGUCUAACUUAUCGCUUUCUCUAAUCUUAGCUCUAACAAUAUAAUUAGGUGAAUUCAAAUGUGUAUUAACCUAGAUUAUUCUUCUACUUGGACAAGUUUGAUUUAGUUGCUGCAGUCUUUUUUACA